AUGGAAGGCAAACUACUGUGCAGUGACAUGUGUUCUAGUAGCCACUUUAACAAGGAAUCCUGUGUCCAGAAAGUUGAAAGACCUCAUUGGGUGGUGGUCAGUCUGCUUGGAGCAGCUGGGAAGGUAGAUGAGCAGGUGGAAGAUAGAGUGAUUGGAGGAGGGGCAGCAGACAGCUCCCUUCCUCAUUGGCAGUGGAGUCCAUGGCUGACUGGGGCUCACUGUACCAAUCUCCCUGCAGGCAGCCGAGGGCGUGGACGGGGUUACAGGGGCCGAGGAAGCCGUGGAGGAUCUCGAGGCCGAGGCAUGGGCAGGGGCAGCCGAGGCCGGGGCAGAGGCUCCAUGGGAGGAGACCAUCCGGAGGACGAGGAGGACUUCUAUGAGGAGGAGAUGGAAUAUGGAGAAGGUGAGGAGCCAAUGGGUGAUGACGAUUAUGAUGACUACUCCAAGGAGCUGAACCAGUACCGCCGCUCUAAGGAUAGCCGAGGCCGAGGGUUAAGUCGGGGCCGUGGCCGGGGUUCCCGAGGCCGAGGGAAAGGGAUGGGCCGCGGCCGGGGUCGAGGUGGCAGCCGAGGAGGGAUGAACAAGGGCGGAAUGAACGAUGACGACGACUUCUACGACGAUGACAUGGGCGACGGCGGUGGGAGCUACCGGAGAAGUGACCACGACAAGCCCCACCAGCAGUCUGACAAGAAAGGCAAAGUCAUCUGCAAGUACUUCGUGGAAGGGCGGUGCACUUGGGGAGACCACUGUAAUUUCAGCCAUGACAUUGAACUGCCAAAGAAACGCGAGCUGUGCAAGUUUUACAUCACUGGUUUCUGCGCCAGGGCCGAGAACUGCCCGUACAUGCACGGUGACUUUCCGUGUAAGUUAUACCACACAACUGGGAACUGCAUCAAUGGUGAUGACUGCAUGUUCUCCCAUGACCCUCUAACAGAAGAGACCAGAGAGCUUCUGGACAAGAUGUUAGCCGAUGAUGCAGAGGCAGGCGCCGAGGAUGAAAAGGAAGUAGAGGAGCUGAAGAAGCAGGGCAUCAACCCCCUGCCCAAGCCACCCCCCGGCGUGGGCCUCCUGCCCACACCCCCGCGGCCUCCUGGCCCCCCAGCCCCCACCUCUCCCAACGGCCGGCCCAUGCAGGGGGGUCCCCCACCUCCCCCGCCACCUCCUCCUCCGCCCCCUGGGCCCCCCCAGAUGCCCAUGCCAGUGCACGAGCCACUGUCACCACAGCAGCAGCUGCAGCAGGACAUGUACAACAAGAAGAUCCCCUCCUUGUUUGAGAUUGUGGUGCGGCCCACGGGACAGCUGGCUGAGAAGCUGGGUGUAAGGUUCCCAGGACCUGGUGGACCCAUGGGUCCUGGGCCCAACAUGGGACCCCCAGGGCCCAUGGGAGGCCCCAUGCACCCUGAUAUGCACCCAGACAUGCACCCGGACAUGCACCCUGACAUGCACCCCGACAUGCAUCCCGACAUGCACCCCGACAUGCCAAUAGGCCCUGGCAUGAACCCUGGCCCACCCAUGGGUCCUGGCGGCCCCCCGAUGAUGCCCUAUGGCCCUGGAGACUCCCCACACUCUGGAAUGAUGCCCCCCAUCCCGCCAGCCCAGAACUUCUAUGAAAACUUCUACCCACAGCAGGAGGGCAUGGAAAUGGAGCCAGGACUCCUUGGGGACACAGAGGACUACGGGCACUACGAAGAGCUGCCGGGGCAGCCUGGGGAGACUGUCUUCCCCGAGCACCCUCUGGAGCCUGACAGCUUCUCUGAGGGAGGGGCCGCAGGCCGGGCGAAGCCAGGCGCCGGUGUCCCUGACUUCCUGCCCUCAGCCCAGAGGGCUCUGUACCUGAGGAUCCAGCAGAAGCAGCAGGAGGAGGAGGAAAGAGCGAGGAGGCUGGCUGAGAGCAGCAAGCAGGACCGGGAGAAUGAGGAAGGGGACACUGGAAACUGGUACUCAAGUGACGAGGAUGAAGGUGGGAGCAGUGUCACCUCCAUUCUCAAGACCCUGAGGCAGCAGACAUCCAGCAGACCCCAGGCCUCAGUUGGAGAACUGAGCAGCAGUGGGCUGGGAGACCCUCGCCUCCAGAAAGGACACCCUACAGGAGGCCGGCUAGCUGAUCCCCGCCUCAGCCGGGAUCCCAGACUCUCCCGCCAUGCUGAGGCUGCCGGUGGCUUAGGCCCCGGGGACACAGGGCCCUCUGACCCUCGGCUGGCUCGCUCCCUGCCCACCUCCAAGCCUGAGGGCAGCCUGCAUUCUAGCCCUGCUGGCCCUGGCAACUCCAAGGGGCCUGCACCGCCUGCUGCAGAGGAGGAGGAAGGGGAGCGGGCCCUGCGGGAGAAGGCCGUGAGCAUCCCACUAGACCCCUUGCCUGGGCACCCACUGCGGGACCCACGGUCACAGCUGCAGCAGUUUAGCCACAUCAAGAAGGAUGUGACCCUGAGCAAGCCAAGCUUUGCCCGCACCGUGCUGUGGAACCCCGAGGACCUGAUCCCCCUGCCCAUCCCCAAGCAGGAUGUGGUGCCCCCCGUGCCUGCUGCCCUGCAGUCCCUUCCUGCCCUGGACCCCAGGUUGCACCGCCCGACCCCUGCGGGACCCCCCAAUGCCCGGCAGCGCCCAGGCAUCUCCACGGACCCCAGCUCCUCUGGCUCUAACUUGCCUGACUUUGAACUGCUCUCUCGCAUUCUCAAGACUGUCAAUGUUAAUACCCCUGGCCCGAGUGACAAGCCCAGUGACCCUAGGGUACGCAAAGCUCCCACUGACCCCCGACUGCAGAAGCCAGCAGACUCUGCGGCCUCUUCCCGAGUGGCCAAGCCCUGCGCUACCGAAGUCCCGUCUCCAGCCGCCAGCCCCAGCGGGGAGUCAUCCCCACCAGCCACUGCACCCUACGAUCCCCGUGUGCUGGCAGCCGGUGGGUUGGGCCAGGGCAGUGGGAGUGGGCAGAGCAGUGUGCUGAGCGGUAUCAGCCUCUAUGACCCGAGGACGCCCAACGCAGGUGGCAAAGCCACAGAGCCAGCUACUGAUGCAGGCACCCAGGCCAAGGGCCCCGAGGGCAAUGGCAAGAGCUCAGCCUCCAAGGCCAAGGAGCCCCCAUUCGUCCGCAAGUCUGCCCUGGAGCAGCCUGAAGCAGGAAAGGCUGGUGCGGAUGGGGGUGCAGCCCCAGCCACAGACCGAUACAACAGCUACAACCGGCCCCGGCCCAAAGCCGCCGUGGCCUCUGCCGCCACAGUCACCCCACCACCAGAGGGGACCCCACCCCAACCUGGGGUGCACAACCUGCCUGUGCCUACCCUUUUCGGGACCGUGAAGCCGGCACCCAAGACAGGCUCAGGAAGCCCGUUUGCUGGCAACAGCCCAGCCCGUGAAGGGGAGCAGGACGCGGGGUCUCUGAAGGAUGUUUUUAAAGGCUUCGACCCCACGGCCUCCCCCUUUUGCCAGUAG